AUGUCGCAAGACACAGGCCUGUGGAGUGUGCGCCGCCCGAGAGAGACUCUUGGCGGCAUUAGCCACAACUCCGCCAUUCCACACCCCACUUCCGCAAUGAAGCGAUCGCAAUCCUCCUUCGGCGGCGCGCCGUACUCGUCGAGCCACUCUCGCUCUGUCUCGGGAUCUAGGCAGUCCCUGGCAUUGUCGAGGCCACCUCAGCCCAUGUUCGCGCGCUCCUCGUCGGGUGGCAAUCUGGCAGAUCUCGGCGCAUCCUCCGUCAAACGCAUGUCGUUCCAGCCCCAAAGCACAAGCACUCUAAAGUCAUACACGCCUUCAAACAUACCGGGGCGCGCAUCCAGCGGCGGCGAGCGGAGGAGCAGUGUCUACCGCGCAAGAACAUCCAGCCACGCCCACAUAGGGGGCCAUCAGAGCUUCUUCCAACAGGCGCCACAGCCAGCCGGUGUACCACGCGACCCGCGGCCUCUGAGGGACCGGGCGUACCAGGCGAGGAUAGGGCAGGAGUUGCUAGACUACCUUGCUCAGAACAACUUCGAGAUGGAGAUGAACUACUCGCUUUCGCCAAACGUUAUGAAGUCUCCGACCCAGAAGGACUUUGUAUACAUGUUUCAAUGGAUGUACCACCGCAUCGACCCGAGCUACAAGUUCCUGAAGAAUAUCGACCAAGAGGUGCCGCCGCUGCUGAAACAACUUCGUUAUCCCUACGAAAGGAGUAUCACGAAGAGUCAGAUUGCUGCAGUGGGUGGGCAGAACUGGUACACUUUCCUGGGAAUACUGCACUGGAUGCUGCAGCUGGCGCAAAUGUUAGAGGCAUACUCAUCCAAUCGCUAUGAGGAGGCAUGCGCCGAGGCCGGGGUCGACGUGACUGGUGACCACAUCAUUUUCGACUUUCUAAGCAAGGCUUACAGGGAUUGGCUCGACAUGGACGAUGACAUUGGCGACGAAGAGGCCGAGAAAGUUCUGGCCCCGCAUGUGCAGAUGAUGGCGGAGGCCUUCGAGGGAUCGAAUUCAAAGUACCAGCAGGAGCUACAAAUGCUCGAAUCCGAAAACCAAAGACUCCAGCGGGAGGUCGAAGAGUUGGAGAAAAACACGCCAGACCCGGCUUUGCUCGAUGAUCACCACCGGAUCAUGGAGGAGGACCGGAUAAAGUUCGAGGAAUACAACACUCUGGCUAUGCAACGAUCAGAGAAGUACGAGAGCCGGAUACAAGUCCUACGAGAGGAGCUCGAGAAGAUGAUGCAGGAGCUGCACGAGGCUGAAGAUGAGCGGAGAGGCCUGCAGAAAGUAGUCGACGACCAAGGUAUAAGCAUGGCGGAUAUCGACCGCAUGACUUCGGAACGGGAGCGACUGCAAAAAGGUAUCGAGUCAGCCAGUCAGCGCCUGGACGAGGUCAAGAAGAAGGUCUCAGAAAAAGAAGUCGAGGCUAGCAGGAAACUCGACGAUCUCGAGCGCACGGUCGACCGAUACAACACAUUGGCUUACCAGAUCGGUCUCAUACCCGCCACCGCUGUCAAUGCGAAAGGCAAGGACUACGAGCUGAAGGUCACAGUCAACGAAGGGCCGAAUUUCACAUCAUCGCAGCUUAAGGGCUCGUUUGGCGAUGCGUUUGAAAACGAACGACUCCUCGCCGACCCUCACACAGGCUACCAGCCUGCGCACAUCCUCAACCUGGACCUCCGGGGUCAAGUUAAGAACGCCUUUCUCUCUCUGCGAAAGGAGAUCUCGGAGCGCCGCAGCCAUGCCAUGGACACGAUGAUGAAGGACCAUGAGUUGCUGGACAACAUCAAGGAGGCCAUGGAGGACAAGCGGAACGAGGUGGAGUCACUGGAGCACCGGGUGCGUGCGGCCGAGGAGGAGCACGAGAAGACCAAGGAGGUCACCAACACACAGCGCAUGGCCUCGGACACCCAGAUCGAGAAGAUGGAGAAGGAGCUCGCCAAGAUGCGGUCCAAUCUGUCGGAGAGCGUCCAGCUGAUGGAGCAGAGGGAGAUGAACGUCAACAUCGAGUACGAACAGCUUACCAUUCGUGCGAAUGCCCUGAGGGAGGAGCUACACACAGAAAUCACCCGCAUGCUCAACGAUGUCAUCAAAUUCAAGAUGCACGUCCAGAAGAGCAUGGAAGACUACGAGGGCUUCGUCACGGAGGAGCUCGAGAAGGAGCUUGCGAGCGAGGGUAUGCCCGAGGAGAAGGGCGACGAUGAAUAA